ACUCUACUAUAUGUGGUUAUCCAGAGUGUUCUGCACUAGGAUAUUAGGUUGGAGUCCGUGUAUCAAAACGGCCGCCCUCCCCCUCUCACCUCAUCUUGCCCCAUAAAUUCACUUUCGAUCUUUCCGUUAUUCCUUCACUGCACUCGCCUGUCCAACCGUCCCCUCCCCCGCCCUACCGACCGACCGACCGACUCGUGCCAGCCGUGUUGUCGUGGCCGCAGCAAAAGGAAGCCCUUCUCCCCCAGGACCCAUCGACCGCGGUCGCUACAACUACGGCAGUAUGGCCAGUCCUUCGCCCCAAUCCCCCAAGAAGUUGGGAACGCAGGUAGGACAAGGUCUCGCCAAAGUCCUCGGAAUCGAGCUCCAGCAUGCCACGCCCUACGAGCAACACGUUACCCGUGGGGAGUCGAUCUACUCGCUCAACGGGGCAGCAGGCGCUUAUAUCGAGGCCGAACCGACCGUGGUGGAGUACUUCUCGCAGUUCAAACCCAGUGGCAGCGGCAUCGGACAGUACUUGCUCGAUUUCUUUCCGUUUAUCACAUGGAUCGGGAGAUACAACCUUAAGUGGGCUACUGGAGACUUGACUGCUGGUAUCACGGUGGGAUGCGUCGUUAUCCCUCAAGGAAUGGCCUACGCACAACUGGCCCAGCUUCCCCCGGAGUUCGGUCUCUACUCUUCGUUUGUCGGUGUGAUGAUUUAUUGGUUCUUUGCGACUUCCAAGGACAUCACCAUUGGACCAGUCGCCGUCAUGUCGACGCUCGUUGGCAACAUCGUUGCGGACCUCCCCGCUGAUCAGCGGCCGACUAUCGCGUCUGCGCUCUCGUUGAUCUGCGGUUCCAUCGUUUUCUUCAUUGGACUUUUCAGACUGGGAUUCGUAGUCGACUAUAUCCCGCUGCCUGCUAUUGCUGCUUUCAUGACCGGAUCGGCGCUCAGCAUCACGGCGGGACAGAUUCCCAAGAUGAUGGGAAUCAAGGGCUUCAGCACUAGAGGACCGGCGUAUGAGAUCUUCAUCAACACCCUGAAGAAUUUGGGCUCUACCAAGAUCGACGCGGCAAUGGGCCUCAGCGCUUUGGUGUUUUUGUACCUCCUCCGAUGGAUCUUCACUAGCUUCCUGCCCAAGAAGUUCCCGUCGAUGCAGAAGACGUGGUUCUUCAUCGGUACCCUGCGCACGGCUUUCAUCAUCCUGCUGUACACCAUGAUUUCGUGGCUGGUAAACAUGAACCGACGGGACGACCCGAUGUUCGGCAUCCUCGGGUCUAUUCCCAGCGGCUUCAAGCAUAUGGGCGUACCCACGAUCGACGGCGACAUCAUCAGCAGCUUCACUUCGCAGCUACCGGCAGCCGUCAUCGUGCUGUUGAUCGAGCACAUUGCCAUUUCAAAGUCGUUCGGAAGGAUCAACAACUACACUAUCGACCCCUCGCAGGAACUGAUCGCCAUCGGCAUCACCAACAUCCUUGGUCCGUUCUUCGGCGCAUACCCUGCAACUGGAUCCUUCUCCCGUACCGCCAUCAAGUCCAAGGCCGGUGUGCGCACCCCCUUCGCUGGAGUCAUCACCGGUGUCGUGGUCCUCCUCGCCAUCUACUGCCUCACCGCGGUCUUCUUCUACAUCCCCGACGCCUCCCUCUCCGCCGUCAUCAUCCACGCUGUGGGUGAUCUGAUCACACCCCCGAACACCGUCUACAAGUUCUGGCGCGUCUCCCCCGUCGAGUGUGUCAUCUUCUUCCUAGGAGUGCUGGUGACCGUCUUCACCAACAUCGAGAACGGAAUCUACUCCUCCGUCGGCGCUUCCGGUGCCCUCCUCCUCUUCCGCAUCGCCAAAGCCCGUGGCCACUUCAUGGGCAAAGUGAAGGUCCACACCGUACUCGGCGACCACCUGAUCGCACCCGAGUCCGUAAUCCCCAGCACUACCACCUCCAUCACCGGCUUCCCCGGCCUCCCCACCGCAACCGGCCUCGACACCGCCGCCUCCUCCUCCACCGCCCUCACCAUCCCCAAGAACUACGGCGCGAUCAACGCCCCCGCCAACAAAAACUACGAGGCCACCCGCAACGUCUUCCUGCCGAUCGACCACCGCGACGGCUCGAACCCGGCGGUCGACAUCGUCAACCCGUACCCGGGCGUAUUCGUCUACCGCUUCACGGAGGGCUUCCUCUACCCGAACGCGUCACACUACACAGAAGCACUAGUCGAGCACAUCUUCGCGAACACACGACGUGGGAACCCGCUCUCCCUCGCGACCAAAGCGGGCGACCGAGCGUGGAACGACGCCGGCCCGAAGAACCCAGAGGCGCAAGCGCAGCUCGAGUCGUCAAGGCCCGCACUGCGCGCGAUCAUCCUGGACUUCAGCAGCGUCAACAACGUGGACAUCACAUCGGUACAGAACCUGCUCGACGUGCGCAACCAGCUGGACCGGUACGCGGAGCCCGACGUGGUGGAGUGGCACUUCGCCGCCAUCGGCAACCGCUGGACGAAGCGCGCGCUGAGCUCGGCGGGCUUCGGGUUCCCGCCCCCCAGUUCGGGCGGCCGCGAGGGCUGGCAGCCCGUAUUCUCUGUCGCGGAAGUGGGCGGGCAUAUUGAGCUGGGAGGAGGCGAGAUGGAGCGAGAGAUCGAGAAGUCGAAGGAGGCGGAUCCCGAGGCGGCAAGAGCGCUCACCGGAAGACGCAGGGUCGUGCCUGUGGGAAGCAUUAACCUCCCGUUCUUCCAUAUCGACCUCGAGGGCGCCGUGGAGAGCGCGAUCAGGAAUGUGCGGUAGUGCGGGGUGGGCAAGAUGUGCACGAUGUCUCGUUUUGUUUGAUUUGCAUGGGCGCGGCGUUGUGGACACGGACGGUGGGGUUGUUUU